UAUGAUGAUGUGCAUGUGAACUUCACUCGGGAAGAGUGGGCUUUGCUGGAUCCUUCUCAGAAGAGUCUCUACAAAGAUGUGAUGCUGGAGACCUAUUGGAAUCUCUCUGCUAUAGGCUACAUUUGGGAAGAUCAUACUAUUGAAGAACACUUUCAAAGUUCUAGAAGAUAUGAAAGGCAUGAAAGAUGUCAUACUGAAGAGCAACCCUCUGAGUUUAUUCAACGUGGGAAGAAAGCCCUUGUAUUUCAGAGUCAUAACCAAAGACAUAAAAGAAUCCAUACAGGAGAGAAACCUUUUGAAUGCAACCAAUGUGGUAAAGUCUUUGUAGAAAACCGUCAGCUUCAAGUACAUAAAAGAACACAUACUGGAAAGAAACCCUAUGAAUGUCAUCAAUGUGGCAAAGCCUUUGCAAGUCAUUCUGGUCUCACAUAUCAUAAAAGAACACAUAACACUUAGGAGAGAAACCCCAUGAAUGCAAUCAAUGU